AGUCAUUCGUUUAAGAGACUUUCGCGAAGUAACAACUUGAUUUCCUUUAACUGUGUGACAACUUUUUUUUUGAAAGUUCUUAAAUUUAUUUAUUAAUAAACGCGUAGAUCAUAAUUAAUAUUAUUUCUAGAAAAAUUGGAAGUGAAAAUUUUCAUCGACUGAAAGGAACUGAAGGAAAAAUAUUGAAAAUGCCCGAGACUACAAAUGGAUACACAAACGGAAAUCACCAAAUUCACAAUGGAUAUGAGUUGGAGGACAAUUCAUCGUUCUUAUUUACCAGUGAAUCGGUCGGUGAAGGACAUCCAGACAAAAUGUGCGAUCAAAUCUCAGAUGCCGUCUUAGACGCUCAUCUCAGACAAGAUCCAAAUGCUAAAGUUGCAUGUGAAACGGUCAGUAAAACUGGAAUGAUUCUUUUGUGUGGCGAAAUCACAUCGAAAGGAUUUGUUGAUUAUCAAAGAAUUGUACGUGAGACUGUUAAACACAUUGGAUACGAUGACUCUUCAAAAGGAUUUGAUUGGAAGACUUUGAACUUGUUAGUUGCACUUGAACAACAAAGUCCAGAUAUCGCUCAAGGUGUUCACAUAGAUCGCGAAGAAGACGAUGUUGGUGCUGGCGAUCAGGGUUUGAUGUUCGGAUAUGCCACAGAUGAAACAGAAGAAUGUAUGCCACUCACAGUCGUUUUGGCACACAAAUUGAAUAUAAAAAUUGCCGAAUUACGAAGAUCUGGCGUUUUAACAUGGAUCUGGCCAGAUUCAAAGACACAGGUUACUUGUGAAUAUAUUUUCCAAAACGGAGCUUGUAUUCCACAGCGUGUCCACACAAUUGUCGUUUCACUUCAACAUUCAGAAAAGGUCACAUUAGAGGAACUUCGUAAAGAAAUUUUGGAGAAGGUUGUCAAAGUUGUUAUUCCAGAAAAGUAUUUGGAUAGUGAGACAGUUGUACACAUCAAUCCAUGCGGAAAUUUCAUAAUUGGAGGUCCACAAGGUGAUGCUGGAUUAACAGGAAGAAAAAUUAUUGUCGAUACAUACGGUGGAUGGGGAGCUCAUGGUGGCGGUGCAUUUUCAGGAAAGGACUUUACAAAAGUCGAUAGAUCUGCUGCUUAUGCUGCUCGUUGGGUCGCAAAGUCACUUGUUAAAGGUGGCGUUUGUAGACGUUGCUUGGUUCAAGUCGCUUAUGCUAUUGGAAUUGCUGAGCCACUUUCAAUUACAGUCAUGGACUAUGGAACAUCAAAAUAUACACAAAAACAAUUGUUGGCUAUUGUCAAAAAGAACUUUGACUUGAGACCUGGCAAAAUUGUCAAUGAUUUGAACUUGCGCACACCAUUUUACCAACAGACAAGCACAUAUGGACAUUUUGGACGUGAAGGAUUCCCAUGGGAAAAACCAAAACAAUUGAUUGUUGAUUGACUACCAAAUUCUGAUAAAAUUUUUGACAAUGAUGAAAAUCCAAGUUGCACUAAAAGAGUUAAGUUAGCAUAAGUACGUCAUUAAGAAAAAAGUCUUUAAAAAAAUUUCCCUUUAAAAGUUGAUAAAAAAAAAUAUCCUUAAAAAUUUAAGAAUAUCUCUCACAAAAAAAAGAGUUGUAGACGGUUAAAUUCAGUUUCUCAAAAGACUUUUGAACUUUUGAUUUUUUAUACUCUAUAGAAGAAUUUAUGGAAUUUUGAACAUUUUUCUUUCUAUUUCACUCUACGAUGGCUUUUUUAGAAUGACUAGUUUUAUAAUUAUUGUUUUUUGGAACAUAAGUAAAUGGAUAAAUAAUCUUAGCAGCUUAAUGAGAUAAUUCAUAACAAAUUAUAAUAAUAUUAUUGAUACACAAGAGAAGAAAAAAAAAAUCCUUAAAAAAACCAGUUACGAGGAAUGUGGUAAUUCUAGAAUAAUUUCGCUGAAUCACGGCAUUUUGGUAUAAUUUAAUGAACAUCUUUAAAUGUAUUCUUGAUAAAUCUUGAAAAAGAAUCACUUUACCGAAGUGUCGCAAUACUUUCUUUCAUAUUCUUUGAGUCAGUAAAAUUAAUGUUUUGUGAAUAUGCAUUAUUGAAUCUUCACAUGCCUUAUUGUGGGUCUUAAAAUUAACAAUUUCUGAAAUUAAUUCUGAAAAUCUUGACUUUAGGACGACGGCAUUGAAAUUUUCCCAAAUUCACUGACCACGUUAUUUGUAAAGAAAGUCUUGUGUUGUGUCUCUGACGAAAAAAUGGAAAAGAGCGGUGUCAGAAACACACCGGUUCGCAGUUAUUCGAAAAGUAGUGCUCGAUUAUGUUUUGGAUGACGAGCAAUUGAUUAAAUUGCAUAUAGUCGUAAUUGUAGAUGAUUUAAAGCACUGCCUGAUUUAUCACUUCCUAAAAGUAAUGUUGGAAACAAAAAAAUGAAUAAAUUGUAUUUGAAUUUUAUUACAAAUAUUGAAUAAAUGUAGAAACCUAAUGUUGUCAAUGAUCAAUAAAUACCUAUAUAGAUACAAAAAUAUA